CAAAUCUGGGGGUUAAGAAACAAAUGGAGAAUCCUCCUGGGUGGUUAUCGGAAAGAUAAUUAUUCGUUGAAUCGAUUUCACUCCGCCGAACGCGCCCCUGGUGACCCAUAUAGUCGUGAAUGGCAUAGUUAGCUCUAUCUGUGCGUCAAGUCCCUCCGAUUGGCUUGCAUCCAAACAGCAAUGGCCUGUCUGACUCGUCUGCUGCGGUCGGCCUGUGGUGGUCUGGCUCCACCGUGGGGUCCGCUGGCUACCUUUGCUAAGCAGGGCGGCCCCGCCAGCCGCCAGGUGCGCCGCGCCUCGCUGGUCGGCGCCACCGUCGACCGGCAGCAGGAGCUGCUGCUGGACGAGAUGUGCCUGCUGGUGGACGAGCGCGACCGGCAGGUGGGCGCCGCCACCAAGCGACAGUGUCACGAGUGGCGUCAGGGAGGCUGCCCACUGCACCGCGCCUUCAGCGUCUUCCUGUUCGACUCCCGCGAUCGCCUGCUGCUGCAGCGCCGCUCGGAUGUCAAGAUCACGUUUCCGGGCAGCUUGACCAACACGUGCUGCAGCCACCCGCUGGCCGUACCGGGCGAGACAGAGGGCGCGGACGGAGUCAUCCGCGCCGCCCAGCGCCGAUUGGCCGUCGAGCUGGGCAUCCAGCCUGAACAGGUGCCGGAGUCGGCGUUCCAGUACCUGACGCGCAUCCACUACAAGGCGGCCUCGGACGGCGGCGUGUGGGGCGAGCACGAGAUCGACUACAUCCUGGUGGUGCGCGGCGAUGUGCGACUCGAGCCCAACCCCAAUGAGGUCAAGGACGUGCACUACGUGGCGCGCCCCGAGAUGGCCGGCUUCCUGGCCGGCAUGGAGCGCGCUGGCGUCGAGCUGACGCCGUGGUUCAAGCUCAUCACCGACACCUGGCUCAUGCGCUGGUGGGAGCACCUGGACGACCUCAAACAGUUCGAAGAUCAUGAUACCAUACACCGGCUGUAGGCGGCCGGCGCCGCGCAGCGGAGGACAUCGUACCUGAAGUUGAAUACCAACGUCCAAUGCGCCAAGGUUGUCGUUCGCCAGCACGUACACGUACGUUAUCUAGCACAUAUAUUUGCGUUUUCUAGCACAUAGAUUUAGCACCAUCGACAUUAUUUUGGUAACUUUUUGACAGGCAUCAAGUCACCUAUCGCACCAAUAGUCACUGUUCUGGUGCGCCUUUCCAUAUUUCGGGCGAGUAUUUAAUUUUGUGUUGUUGGUCAGCAUUUGCUCACGCGCGUAGAUGUCAGUUGUCUCGACCGCUGCGGUGGGCACGUGGGUACAUUGGGGUCUGUUCACGACCUCGCGUCGUUGCGCAAGUGAGCUCGACUCAAAAUGGCCGUUGCCGUACUCGCCGCACCACGUGCGUCAAUGGUUUUAAUGUCACCGCUCCGUUCCGCGUUACGGCCGUCACCCGCGCGCAUCCGGAGCCCUGAAGUGGUGAAGUGACGCCCCUGACGUCGUUCAGGAUGCACAAGUCAUCGGGUGAGGGGUGCCGGCCGGAACAAAUCUGCUUUGCACAGAUCUGUUUGCGUGCCGUUUUUAUCGCCUGCGGUCGUGGCACCACAAUAGAGUGCACACAAACGAAUUAUGACUCAGGAAUGCCUGCAAGAUAUCGCGGCGUGCAGUCGACGCGUUUGUAGUUAGUGAAUACGCUGGCGUUCGCGUUGGCGUUUGUCCUCGCGUAUAAUCGCUGACUGUCGACAAUGACCGCGGUGAUGGGUCACGAGGCCUUCCACUUCGUCUGCUGGUGGCUGUAUAACUACCCUUAUGGUGCACGUUAGUGCGCUCUUGUCCGUUUCACCUGCGCUAUCGUCAUUGGACUCGCUUUGAACACGCUUUGAACCGCAAAUAUAACAUACAUGCCUCACG